CCAACCAGCUCUGCUUUGAGAGAGCCCAUUCUUUUCGCCUCGUCUCACACUUGCCCCACCAUAAGGUCCAUAAGUACCAUCUUUCUCUCUGCCUUCUCAGCAUCCAGCCAGCCAGCCACUAGAGCUGUAGAAAGAGCCGAAGAGGUCAGCCGGAGCUAGAGACGAUGGCGCGGCUUUGCUCCUCCCUGUUUCUGGUGGCGGUAGCGGUAGCGGUGGCGCUUGUCCUCGCGGCGGCGCCGUCGACUCUCGCCGGCGACCCGGACUACCUCCAGGACAUCUGCGUCGCGGACCUCAACUCAGGGUUGAAGGUGAACGGGUUCCCGUGCAAGGCGAACGCGACGGCGGAGGACUUCUUCACGGGGAUCCUGGCCAAGCCGGGCGCCACCAACACGACCACGGGCUCCGUCGUCACGGGCGCCAACGUGGAGAAGCUCCCGGGCCUCAACACGCUGGGCGUCUCGCUCUCCCGCAUCGACUACGCACCCGGCGGGCUCAACCCGCCGCACACGCACCCGCGGGCCACCGAGGUCGUCUUCGUCCUCUACGGCGACCUCGACGUCGGCUUCAUCACCACCGCCAACAAGCUCUUCGCCAAGACCAUCUCCCAGGGGGACGUCUUCGCGUUCCCCAGGGGCCUCGUGCACUUCCAGAAGAACACCGGCGACAAGCCCGCCGCGGUGAUCUCGGCGUUCGACAGCCAGCUCCCCGGCACGCAGUCCAUCGCCAUGACGCUCUUCGGGGCCUCCCCCGAGGUGCCCGACGACGUGCUCGCCAAGGCCUUCCAGAUCGGCGCCGUGGAGGUGGACAAGAUCAAGGCCAAGUUUGCACCCAAGAAGAGCUAGAACGACUUAUCGAUUUUCAAGUUGAACUGGUUAAUUUGCUCAUUCAUUUGUUUGUCUUUCUAAUUGCGUUAAGCACGUGCUGAUGCAGUUGUGUUGUUGUGCAUUCUUUGAGACCAGCUCUGUGCAAGAGUGAACUUCAUAUGCUAAGCGGCAGGAGUGGUCUUGUUAGAGCACCUCUGUUCGAAUUGAUAUUUGGGCUGCGUUUGAUAAUUGUUGAGAUAUCUCUUUAACUCUCCACAAAACUAUGUCUUGUAUGUUAUGUAUCAUGUUAUAUUAUUUUUUUGUGCUCUAUUGUAUAGAAUAUUUGCUAUUCGCAAAAACAAGAGAACAUUUGGACCUUAAA